CUGCCCUUUCUGCGCCAUGAAAGCCAUCUCCAUUGCCCCUCUCUCUCCACAAAUCCCUAUCCUUGUAGAAUUCCACACGCGCUCUUUUCUUUAUCUCUAUCUGGACCUAAACGAAAACUCCAUCAAAACCCACAAACAUAAUAUAUAUGGAAAGUUGUAUGCUAUUAGGAAAUCAAUGGUGGAGGAUGUACAUAUACAUAUACACCAAUAUGUCUUCUUGCAUCCAACCACAAACGCCUCCGCAUAUACCCUUUCGUCUUCCUCGCUCUCUUCUACUAAAAACUUUGAGAGAGAGAGAGAGAGACCACUCCCAACUUGUUCUCUGCUUAUGUUAAAGAUUUGAUUUUGUUUUCAUAUAUAAUUUGGGUUCCUGUUCCCUGCGGAAUUCUGGACUUCUGUUGGUAGAAACGGAUUAAUUGAAGCAGAACAUGAAGCGGGCUUCUGUUAAUUUUGAUCAAUCGCAUUCUGCCUCUGAUGAAGCUAAAGACAAGUUAAAAUACCAAACACUCUUGAGAGAAUACCUUGACCUACAAAAGGUAUUUGUUUCUAAAAAGAGGAAAUUGCAGGCUGCAAAGCAAAAGAGAGAAGUAGUAUUUGCUGAAGUUAGAUUCUUGAGAAGGAAGCAUAAAUAUUUGUUGAAAAGACAAGCACCCAAUACAGAUAAAGAAACCAAUGCAUUGCAGGGUGGGGGCAAUCCCAUUCCCAGCACCAUUGAUCAACCCCUGCUUUCAAAUUCGCUCCGGAGAGAUGGCAAGGCACAAGAAGGAAAAGGUCAUGUAUAUCAAGAGGAUGUUAGAUGCAAGAAAAGGAAAAAGAAUCCUUCGACUCAGGAUAAGGCUGAGGGCGAACAAAAGAUCUGUUGGCCUGAUCAAGUCACUCCGAAAUUCUAGUUGAGUUACUCUGCUGCACUAUGUGAGUUCGUGUCUUUUUGUCGCUGUGAAUUUGUUUUGCUGUCUCUAGCGAUUCAUAACUUGAUGAGUAUUGAUAGAUAGGUUGAAGGUUAUGGAGCAUGUGGAAACUGGCUGGGAUUAGAUACGUUUUAUCCUAGGGUACAUAACUCCAAGAUAAGCGAGUUAUCAGACCUAAAAUGUUUGUUCUUGUCAUAUUUUUCCAUAUCAAACAGCCCUAGUAGUACAUGAUUUUCUGUUUUAGAACGAUGAGUUUCACGUGGUGUAGCAUUUGCAAGACCGGGGGAUCUGUUCUGAUUAGAGUAGAAUGGCGUGUCUAGCCAAUAGUAGUGUUCUCUCUUGAUCCUUGAUCCGUUUGAUAUCAGUUUCUUGAUUCUAAUGUCAAGAAUUUUGGAACUGAAAAUCUUGUCAAGCUUCUAUAUUUUGUCUAUGUGCUGAAUUUACUUGAGAAUAAAAAAUUACUUAUAUGAUCAUUAUCUUGUUUUAGUGAAUUAAAUGGUUAUUUGGAUCAUAGACAUUAGACAACCUAUAACUGUGGAAUGAAACUUAUGUUUAUCUUAUGCAAUUAUAUACUUGCAUGCAUCAACAUCCUCACCAUCAUUAUUGAUUUGCAGGUUCAACAAAGUUUUUGGCAAAAAAUAUGAGUGCUUCGAGCUCCUUGAUUUUAACAGAGGAGAUUCGAGCAAAUGGGAAUAGUAAUAAAGCCCAGAAAGUAGUAGUGUGAGGGUUUAUUUAUCUUUUUUUGGGUGAUUGAUUUAUCUCUUUUUUUGUAGUUUUAUAGAAUUCAUAUUUGACUCAUCACCUAGUUAACAUGAUUAUAAAUUUAUAGAACACUUAUUUUUUCCUUGCAGCAUAAAUUUUAAUGUCAAAAUUUUAGCUA